CAGGGAAAGGCACUGUGGGGCAUCAGAACACUGUCCUUCACCUUAUACGCAGUACAACUGAACCUGGCCCAAGAGGCCCAAGAAACACAAACGAAUAACCAGGGCCAUCAUAUUCCAUUAUUAUCCCCCUGAUAGACUCGGCCAUACUCGCGAUAUUGCCACAGGACAUUCAUCACCGGGUGCUUCGUGCAUGGAAAACGCGAGCAGUGGGACACGCGCCGUCAACUUCGAGCGCCCUCGAUCUCGAUCUUGCCGCUGUCACCGCGCGCUGCGCAUCGCAACGCGCCAAUCGCUUCCAGAUAACAAGGUAGUCGGGCGGCCUAAGUUCAAGUAAAGCAACCCGUAUAGCACACACGGCGGUCGUGAUGUCGAAUCCGAUGCCCCAGGGUGUUGCGCCGGGGUCGGCCGGGGGGCCAUACAGCGCUCAACCGCAGUCGGCAGGAGGACCCGGCAGCGGCAGCGGCACCGCGGCAGUGACGUCGAGCAGCUCGAAUCCGGCAUCCGCCCAGAAUCUCAAUCAGAUUGUUACAGACUAUCUGAAGAAGAAAGGCUUCACCAAGACGGAAGCUGUUUUCCGGCAAGAAACAGCCUACCUGGGUCCGGAUGGCCGGCCUGCGCAGCGGAACGACGAUCCAGGUCCGAAGAAAUAUCUGAAGGCCUUUCUGCUGCUGAGGAACUGGAUCGAAAACAACCUCGACAUCUACAAAUUUGAGCUCAGGAAGCUCUUGUGGCCCGUGUUUGUCUACUCGUACCUGGAGCUUGUCAGCCAGGGCUACACCGACGAUGCAAAGCACCUGCUGGACACCUUGAGGCCUCAAUUCGACGACGCCUACCAAGAGUCCAUCGCGCUCCUCGGCACCGUCACGCUGCCACAGCACGUCAACGAGAACCAGACUACGCGCCUCUACCGCGAGAACAAAUACCGCAUCCCUUUGAACCAGUCGCUCUCCGGCAAUCUCUUCCAUUUUCUGGAGCGCGAAGCGGACGAGGGCGGCGCGACGAUCACUUAUAUCCUCCAAACCCACUGCAGCGUCGAGACCAGUGCGCGCGGUCCAAUUGAGCCCUACAGCUUCGAAGCCAUCUACCGUCGCGCCCAAAACCUCGACUUGGACGAGGUCGAUGCGCAGGAGGGAAUCCCGGGCGUGUUCACGGGCGUCUCUAACCGCGAUGUUCUCGACACCAGCGCCAAGCUCAAACUCGGGCCGCUGCCCAUGGAGCCUGAGCUGAAAGACGACGUCCGGGCUGAACUGGAGGAGGAAGACCAACGCCACCCGCCUGCAGACGGCCGGCCCACGCUUGUCGAAGAGUUCGACAAACGGAUCAAGCGCGAGGAGAGCGCCGACGCGCCCUCGCGGGCGGACCUGCCACUUCCGGCCUCUCGCGCUCGGGAUGUCGUGAUGGAGAUGCAGAAGGUGCGCGAGAACCGGGACCGGUUCCGGAUCGAGGGCCGCACCGGCGGCAUCGGCAUUCCAGUGUCGGCCUGCAUGUUCACGUUCCACAACACACUGGGGAGUGUGUCCUGCAUGGACUUUUCACAGGACCACCAACUCGUGGCUGUUGGGACGAUGGAUUCCUACAUCCGCGUGUGGUCCCUCGACGGCAAGCCGCUUAAGACGAGCCUCGAGAACGAGAAAGACCUCAAGGUGAACAACCGGAAGCUCAUCGGACACUCGGGGCCCGUGUACGGCCUAUCGUUCUCGGAUUCGAUCACCAACCUCGAUCGCAACAUCUACGGCGACACAGACGACAAGAAGCCCGACACCAGUACCAAGCUGCUGCUCUCAUGUUCAGCCGACGGCCAGGUCAGGCUCUGGUCUCUGGACGUGUGGGCGUGCCUCUGCAUCUACAAGGCACAUGAUGGCCCGGUAUUCCGCGUGCUCUGGGGCCCUCACGGGCACUACUUUGCUACGGCCGGAUGGGACAACACGGUCCGAGUCUUCUCGCAGGACCACGCCUCGGCGCAGCGGCUCAUGGUCGGCCACGACACGAGCAUCUCGGCGCUGGCCUGGCACCCCAACGGCACGUAUGUGUUCUCGGCGUCGGACGAGAUGGACAAGACAAUUCGCAUGUGGUCCAUCGUCACGGGCAACUGCGUCCGCAUCUUCACGGGCCACGCGCACUACAUCAGCGCCCUGCAAUGCGCCCACAACGGCAAGAUCCUGGCCAGCGCCGACGCCGGAGGCAACAUCUUCCUCUGGGAUAUUGAGAAGGGCACGCGCAUCAAGCGGUGCCGCGGCCACGGGAAAGGCGGCAUCCCGUCUCUCAGCUUCAGCGCCGAGUCCAACGUCCUCGUGUCCGGCGGUCUCGACGGCACCGUCCGCAUCUGGGACGUCGAAUUGCCGGCGGAUCCCAACAAAACCAACCCGCUCACAGCCGGGGCCACUCAGGCGGGGCCCCAGGCGGACGGGACGGUGGCGGGCGACACCAUCGCCGUGGGAGGCUCGUCGGACGGCCGCAGCAUCACGGUGGGCGGCGGACCGGCGGCGCAGGCGCCCGGCACCAGCACGUCCGGAGGCGUCGUCGGCACCGGUGCGGCCGGCACGGGUAAGAAGAAGGCGAAGGAGGUCCAGGUCACGCCGGACCAGAUCAGCGCCUUCGCGACCAAGAAGACGCCGGUCAUGAAGGUGCAGUUCACCAGGAUGAAUCUGAUCGUAGCGGGCGGAUGCUACGACCCGGAGCGUUAGGACGGCCUGGGAGCCCGUGUGCUUGGCUGAUGGGUAUCAGUGCGUGGAAAACCAGGUUGCAGAGGGGCCGGCGUCCCCUUCUUAGUUCGGGGGUUACGGCGCUGGCUUUGGAACUGGGAGGCUCUGUUUAGAGCCCGGCGGCGUUUGGGAUGUAUGUAUACAAUGUACGGCUCCAGGGAACCAGAUACCUUUGUCAUGGCGCUUUUGUGAUUUGUUUUCCGUUGUCCUUAUGCGUUGUAAGUGUGAGAAAAGCAAAAGCUCCUGCUCUUGAGAGAACUGGACUGUACCCUGUGUUCGUGCCAGGGUACUUGGUAC